AUCCGCACCGCCAGACGCCAGGGAGCUCUGGGCUCCGGGUGCAGAGGCUGCGCUGUCACAUGGGUGGCGGCGACGGGGCCGCAUUUAAGCGGCCGGGGGACGGCGCCCGCCUCCAGCGCGUCCUCGGGCUUGGCUCCCGCCGGGCGCCCAGCUCUCUGCCCGCUGGGGGCCCUGUGCCGCCCCCGCCGGGCCAUGCGAGCGCCGGCCCCGCCGCGAUGAGCUCGCACAUCGCCAAGAGCGAGUCCAAGACGUCGCUGCUGAAGGCGGUGUCGGGGAGCGGGGGCAGUCGGGCUCCCCGCCACGGCUCUGCCCGGGAGCCCGGGCCGCCCGGCCGCCGACUGCACGGUGCUGGUCCCGGCACGCCGCCACCUCCCGGGGACCCCAGUUCUCGGAGGCCCCUGUGCCGGCCAGUACCGCGAGAGGAGGGCGUGCGGGGGAACCGGCGCGGGCUCCCCACGGAGCGCGGCAGGCCCCGGGAGACACUGCCGGCCGUGGCACCCCGACCUGCUCCGCUGUCGCCGCUGCCACCGGCCCGCGGGCGGGAUGGGGAGGAACGGGGAUUGUCCCCGGCGCUCGGCCUCCGGGGCUCUCUGCGAGCCCGGGGCCGCGGGGACUCUGCUCCAGCCACCGGGUCGGAGGCGGACCCGUUCCUCCACCAGCUGCGCCCCAUGCUCAGCUCCGCCUUCGGCCAGGACAGAUCACUGCGGCCAGAAGAGAUUGAAGAACUCCGAGAGGCCUUCAGAGAAUUUGACAAGGACAAGGACGGUUACAUCAACUGCCGGGACUUGGGCAACUGCAUGCGCACCAUGGGCUACAUGCCCACUGAGAUGGAACUCAUUGAACUGUCCCAGCAGAUCAACAUGAACCUGGGUGGCCAUGUGGAUUUCGAUGACUUUGUGGAGCUAAUGGGACCUAAACUCCUGGCAGAAACAGCAGAUAUGAUUGGAGUAAAGGAAUUGCGCGAUGCUUUCCGUGAAUUUGACACCAACGGCGAUGGGGAAAUUAGCACUAGUGAGUUGCGAGAAGCCAUGAGGAAACUCCUGGGCCAUCAGGUGGGACACCGGGACAUAGAAGAAAUAAUCCGAGAUGUGGACCUCAAUGGGGAUGGACGAGUAGACUUUGAAGAGUUUGUCAGGAUGAUGUCCCGCUGAGGUGGCGAAGACACCUCCAGGACUGCCAAGCUCCAGUGGCCGGGGAGAAGAGAAGCCGGAGUCUACCUCCCCCCGCCGCAGCUGCCGCAAGCCCAGAAUGGACUGGCGGAGGAGGCCUGCCUGCACCCCGGGGGCCCACCCUGGACUCCCACCCCUCCGCACUGUGAAAGACUCUCAACUCCUGCAACUGACUGGAAAGGGGGUGCCCGCCAAUGAGGAGGCCCCAGUGCCAAGCCAGCUGAGGGCAUGCCAGGCGCCAAGUGCCAUGUGCCCAGCCGCUGCUGGCUGGGUGGGCCAGGGAGCCCGCCAGCAGACCCCACACAGCAUGUCGCCCCAGGGCAAAGCCUCUCGCCACCCUCCUUAGCUCGGUGCCCAUCCCAGCUCGCCUCAGCCCUGUUAUCUCAGAACCAAUAAAAAGAUUUCCACGAG